UCAUUGUUUGUGUUUACCAUUACCACGGGCCUCUUCCACCUUUGGCGUACGGACUUGCGUUUGGACCGUCAUAGAGUAAAUAUCUAUCCCGGUAACCGUAAACUGAAGUGAAGUGUGUAGUGGACACAUGGACGAUAAACUCACCCCAGAACCAGAAAAAAGUCCUGGUACAUAUAAAGAAAUGGACUACGAAACUUAAAUAACAGAAGACGCCCAAACAGUGAAGGCGACAGCGAAGCAAACCACCUUCCAAGCAAAACCGAGACGAAGAAGCCGGAAAAAAAAAAUCACGCAAUUCCAGCCGGUAAUGAAUAACAACACUGAACCCAACAUUCAAAUCAAGAUACAUGGACAUCAUUUGUCAGCACCAAAGCAAAUAGACUACAAUGGUUUUAGAGCCACUAUCCAGCAGUAAGGCUGGCACCAUUCGCUCUCUCCUCAUCCGAGCAUGGCGGGAGCGAUGGUCAGACAUCCAGUGGGGCAUUCACAUCAAAACGGUGCUGCCUCGUGCUGUGAGUGGGGACAUCUACCAUUUAGCGGACUACAUUCUCCAGCAAGCACUCAUGGGACCGCUGCCAAAUAAUCUCAUUCUUUCAUAUUUGAGGCAUUCUCUCUGUUCACAGAUUGUAUCAUAUGGUGGUGUGAUUGAGAGCAUCAGCAAGUAUGAUGGCCUGCACAAGCCUCAUUGUGUUCAUGCUCUGCUUGAUCUCAUGCAGUCUAUGAUGAAAAGUGUAUCAUGUAGAGGAAAGCCAGAAGACUGUCUUGUUUUGGCUACCUCUAUUGUUGGUGGGGUUAAAUGGUUGAUACAGGUUAUGGGUUGGUCAACACAACAGCUACUGGAUCUUCGUAAUGCCCCUGAACUCUCUGCCAACCUCAGCCUUGCUGCAUCAAUUUUGCACGAAAUCUUGAACUGCACAUUCCUUACCUGCAUGCUGGAAAUUGGCCGAAGAGAAGAACCAGGUACUUGGAGUACCUGCAUGAAGAAGAUGACAGAAGUAGAGACUCUCCUGGCCGGUGCUGAGACUAUUAUUGAAAACAAAGAUAUUCUAAUCAAAACUGUUUGUAAGCAGCAAAUCACAAAUUUGACAGCAGUUCAUCACAUUGUACAUGCAAUCUACUUGGUAGAUGUAUGGGAAGUGAUCACAUCAUAA